AUGGCAUCAUUUUGUUGCGCUGUGGCGGCAGCGGCGUUAGUGGCAGCGGCGUUUGGGAGCGGUGCCGAGGGCUGAGGCGGCGGCGGCGGCUGGCGUGGAGGGGGAAGGACAACCCUCCGCCACAGCGAGGCGGCGGCGGCGGCGGCACCACAACGCAGCUGGGCUCAGAGCCACGGUAAGGCAGGCACCGAAAAGCAGCCAGCUUGACUGGACUGACUGACAAAUAAACAGGCUGCGCAGCCAACGCCAGCUCUUCUCGGUCGGUUCCUGGCGGCGGUGGCCUGACGGAGACUCCUGAGGGAGAGAAGCGUCGUGGGGGCCCUGCAUUUCUCGCCCCCUUUGGGGGAGGGGGUGCCUCGCUUUAGCGGGUGGGAGCAAAGGGUGCGAAACUGCGAGUCUCCCCCCCCCCUCGCACCCACCCCUUCUCUCUCUCUCUGCCGGGCCCUCCUGCUGGUUCGGGGGGUGGAGGGCGAAGGGUGUCCCGUGUCUUCUUGCUUCGCCUGCCUCCCCCUUCCAACCCUUUUGCCACUCUUGCCCUGGUGUCACCUUGUUUAUUCAUUUCGUGGAUCUUUAACUGGCGGCAGGGGCGGGGUAAGGCAGGCCGUGGGAGAUGGGCCAGCUUGAGCCUUGAACCCUGUUAGCAGCGCUGAGUGGCUUGGCAGAGCCGACAGCGCCCUGGGAAGCAGUCCCGGCAGGGCGGCCCCCUGCCUCUCGAUCCAAAGGGGGAGGAGAAUAUUAGUUACAUUUUGAUUGCUGUUUACCUUCGUUCUUGGAAAGGCGGUAGAGGAAGAAGGAAGAGGCACUCUCACUUUGGGAUGACCUACUGUGACUCUGCAGCCUGUCAUUCUCUCUCUCCCCCUCUCCCCCGCCCCCCAGCUUCGUCCUAUCACCCUCCCUCUUUUUGCCCAAAAUACUGCACAACAUUGCUUUUCUCUAUUGCUGCAAAGGGAAUGGAAGGCCUGCGACGGUUGAUCAUACCUUCCUACCAGAAUACCGUGUAUUCCACCACGUAUCUGAAAUAAUAUUGUUACAUGCAGCUGGAUUCUGUUGUAUGCUUGGUUGAAAGUUAAGUCGCACUGAAUCUGAUGUGACUUGCUUCCAAGUAAGUGGGCAUAUGAUGUAGCCUUAACGAAUGCUAAUAAUAAAAAAGAUAGUGUUAUGCAAUAGGACGGUAAUGGGACUCUUCAGAAACUCGAUCAGAACAAGGAAGGUCCUGCAUAAUAGAGGCUUACAAUACUUCAGUGUUGAGGUGAUGUGACAGUGUCUGCUCUAAGUCUUAUGCAGCUGAACUCUCCCAAAAUGUUACCAACUCUACAAGUUACUACAAUUAGUGCUCAAGUACUGUGUGUUUGUAAAUCUACAUGGCUGAAUGUGCACUGUUGAGUAUUUUAUUAUUAAGUUUCUAGUAUGAAUCAAAUAUAUCAUCUCCUGUUUUUCUGUUACGAACUCAAGGGUUUCCAGGGUAUUCAUGAGACGCCAGCUAUACUCAGACAUGUUUUUAGUACAGUUGCUGCACUAUGUGCCUUAGACCAUGGUUUGAGACCGAAAUACUGUACAUGUUCAGAUGUUGCUUUUUUGACAUGCAGGUGUUCUACAGCAGUAGUUUUCAUCAGAUUCAGCACCCAUCUUUAACCCCAACCUGCAAUAUGGAAUCAUUUUAUUUGGACUUUCUAGGACAUAUUUAGACAUCACACUAAACAAAGGUUUUCCUCAACACAAGAGCCACAGUGAACCUCAGGCUUGAGUGCUCCCCUAUUUUCACCCACAUGGCCAGGAGAAUUUUGGAAGCUUUUACUUUUAGUUUCUUUUAACCAUAACUUUACAUUUUGUCUAAAUGGUAGAUCAUAGUUUAACACCAACAGUGCUAAACAGUCAGUUUAAAUAAGAAUAAUUAUUUCCAGUUCAGGCAAAAUAAGAAGUCAUGUUUAUAGGAAACAGGAAAUAAGUUUCCAUAGUCUUUCUGUUCCAUCUGUGUAGGAGGAGAAAAUGGAAGAAGGGGAGUGGGAGCCCAAGGUUUGCUUCUUUUUGUGCAUGUCUUUCUAAACCAUGAUUUAACACAGGAUGGGAAACCUUUCUAUUUCCUGCAACAUUCCUUUGGAAAUGCUAGAGACAAAAGUGUUCCAGAUUGAGUGAUCCAAAAUAAAGACUGCCCUGCUUCAAUUUUCACUAAUGUUAAAAUUUGCAGGCCUGUUCUGCCCCGAAGUAAGCCUAAUUGGAUUUGAUUGGUUGAUCUCAAGUAUAUAGACGUUUUUAAAACAUACAACAAACUAAUACAGCACUGAUCUGAAUACUUAUUUCUCUCCAACUUUAGUAUGCCCCCCACCCAUGCAUAAGUUUGGCAGAAGCUUACUAUUUUUUCCUUAAGCAGCUGGGGGGAAAACUUAAUCUCUCCAAACCAUAUAAUCAGAAAGAAGAGGUGAGGGAGAACAUCAAUCAUUUUUUUCUCAAGUAAAAUACUCCCCUUCCACUUGCUCAGGAGCUACAUGGAAAGAUCAGGAAAAUGCUUCUUUAAACACCCAGGAAAAUUAAGGAGUAAAUAAAAAGAAAGCAACUCUGUUGGGAUGGAAGAAUAGAGUAUUUGGGUCAGGGAUUACAUGUCUGGGUUCAGGACAGAAAAUGCAUGUGUGAAUGACUUGUGCUAGAGAAUGGGCAUGGGGGGAGCACAAUCUCCUUGGUUCUGGACCUCUCAGUGGUUUUUUAUAUCAUUGACCAUAGCUGUCUGUCUCAGAUGUCACUUGAGGACACUGUUCCUGCAUGGGGGUUACAGUUCAGAAGAUGGUGCUGGAGGACUUACGUUCUACCUAAUGUCCUUUGGCAUUCUUCACGGUCCUUUUUUAUUUCCCAUACUUUUUAACAUAAAUGAAACUACUAGUGAGGUCAUGCAGCUCCAUCUCUCUUUUCCACAUUCUUAUCCUAAGGAAACCCUGAACAGAUACCUGGGGGCAGUGUUUGGGUAGAUGAGGUUAAACAACAAGACAAAAGUGCUGUGAGUUGGGGAAAACUGCACAUCCAGUUGGCAUUGUAUUCCCCCUAAGGGGCCAAGUGAACAUUUUGGGAGUGCUUCUGGACUUGGUGCCAUCUGUGGAGGCACAUGUAACAUUGGUGGCCCAUGUGUUUUAACUAGUUUGAGCUGUUUUGUCUUAUCCAGAGGAGGCAGAUCUUGCCUCAGUGUCAUUUGUGUUGGUUACAUUCAGGUUGGAUUACUUGAAUGCACUCUGCAUGGAGCUUCUCUUAAAGAUAAUACAGUAGUUUCAAUUACUGCACCACGUAUGUGGUAGCAAGAACACUUCUAGGAGUCAAGCGUUCUUAUCUUAUUACAGCGCCAGUUACACUACCUGCCUGUUCACUUCUGGGCCUAAUUUAAGGUGAUGGUGUUUAAAAUAGUAAAGACUUUGGGUCUAGACUGUCAGAAGGACUGCCUACAUUAAUAAGUACCUGCUAGAAACCUGAGAUUGACAUCCGAGGCCCUUCUUUGUGGUCCACUGAUAAAAAUGGUCAGGUUGUUGAGUACAAACCCCAAAUUUCUGAAAUGCCUCUCUGAGGGAAUUCAUAUGGCUUCAUUUCUGCUGAUCUUCAGGGAAACCCUGGGUUGUUUUUUUGUUUUUGUUGUAAUUUGGUCAGCUUUUGGAUGAUUUUAGGAUUUUAUCUAGUGCUGUUAUUUUCGUGUUAAUUGGUUUUACUGCUACUUUAAAUUUUGGAUUUUUAAUGUAUAGCAUUGAUUUGUUGGGAAAGUAUACACACUAAAAGAUAAAGUAGAAACAUGCUGUAGCUGUCACAAUGCCUUCUUCCACAUAAUGGAGUUCCUUUACAUUUGGUCUCUUCAUAUCUGCUUUUUCUGUUAAAGCUAAGCCCUAAAAAUAAAUGGUGGUGGCAUGAUUACUUUUGGAUUACAACACUUUUGGGUUACAAUACAAGGAACUGAAGACCAAUGUUCUGCAAUAGGGAACUGGAUCUGAAUCCUUAUGUCUUCUAACCCUGCUCCCCAGGCCUAAUUCAACGGGUGGAUGGGGCUGUCCUCUGCCAAUCACCUGACUUCACAAUGACAUUGGGUGACAUGGCACUUUGAAAAGGCAGGUAUGCUUCAGAUGCCAGGUGUGCAGAUGAUUGAUGGGGCUUUAAAACUCAUUUUGGCCCAUCUACCUUUUUAUCAGCUCACACCUGACAUAUAGGACAUCAUGUGACUGGCAGGUAAGGAUGGCUUAGCCAAAAUGACUCAGAGGUUUCUCUAGCCAUGUUCUACAAUGUGUGUAACUUAUGUAAUAUUCCUUUUAGGCAUGGUCUAGCCAAAGUUAAGCACCUAAGAUUGCAGUAUUAUGCAUACUUUGUAGUAUUAAGCAUAAUUUGAUUUACUUCCAUAGCAUGCAUACGAGCAGAUUGUAAGUCACAUUGAUUUAAAUAAAAGAGAUUUAAGUAUGCUCAGACCAGUGGGAUUUGUAGCCCCUUUCUUCACUUGAGUAUCAGCAUAAACUUGGUGCUUAAGAUGAUCCUCUAAAUAAAGUGGUUAAAGUGUUAAUCUUUGAGUUUCUGUUUAACAAAUGAAAAAGAGCUGAGUGUGUACACAGGUUGGGGACAGUUAGAACAGGGCUAGGCAACCUCAGGCUCAGGCCAAACAUUGCCUUCCAGACUUUUUGCAGGCCACAACCCCUCUCCCCACAUCACACCUUUCACUGGUAUUGCUUUACCAUAUUGCUUUAUAUUUGAGUGUUUUUGCCUUGCUGAAAUGUGUCCUUUGCCUCUGAUAAUUACUCUUCCUUGCCUGGAUAGAGAAUAGAGAGGGGUAUGUAAAUGUGCAUGGAAAUAAUCCUAUCAUACAAAGGUGAAAUGUUCACUGCUCUUCUCACUUUUGCAUGUGGUCCCCAGAAGGUUGCCCAGAAGGGAGUGAGGCCCUCUGCCUGGAAAAGGUACCAUCCAUCCCUGAGUUAGUGGUUAAGUUGAGUUCUCAUGUUAUUGCUGCUUAGGUGUAAUGGGGCAGUGGAAACUGUGAGUAAGAUAAUGUGGUGUGUCCUGUGAGUUCAUCUUAUAGCAUGGUGGAUAAAAAUCAAUGUUUGAUAUACUUGGGUUUUAAAAGUCAUUUAUUAAGAAUUUAUGUUAAAAUAAAUUGGUUAAAAUGAAACCUUGCAAGUUAAACUCCACUAUUCUUAACUAGUAGCAGCUGGUGGAGUGGGACAGUUUAGCUUACCUGGCUUUUCAGUGUGGAGGUUGCUUCUGAGAACCAACAGGAGGGAUGAGGCAGUGGGCAACGUGAAGAUGAGGCAGAUUAACUCUGCUGCUGCACCCACAUCAUACCCACCUUCCUGCUCCUUACUUUGUGUUAGGAAGUCAGGUAAGCAAUGCCACUCCAUUCCACCGCUUCUGCUCCUUAAAUUUGAAUUGGUUAGCUGCCUGAUUCACAUGUAAUAAUGGCUCUGUGGAUGCGCCUCCAAAAGAUCGCGUGAAGUAUAGGGCUCACAUGCUCCACCUUCCUUUUCCUGUGGUACGGCUAGGAGGAAGACUUCUGCUCUGUUCAGUUGUGCUUUCAAUGGCUUAGUGUUGCAUAUAAAACAGGGUUCAUGGCUUAAAACACACAAGGAUAGUUAAACAAGUCAAUUUCAUAACUCAUAAUUAGCUUGAAUUUAACUCAUGAAUUUAUUUGGUUAUGUUUGGUUAUUCAAAAAUUCUGGAGAAUAAUCUUGGUUUAAAAAAAAUCACAGGAUAACAGAUCAUUGUGAUCCAAAGAAAAUAUUACUAGCCUAUCUAAAGUAAUAUGUUGAGAAAGAUGAUUUAGAUAUACUGCUGACUGUGUUAGUAGCAAACGCCUUGGAAUGGCUCAAAAAACAAUAGUGAUAUUGCUUGGAUGUACAGUGGUGCCUCGCAAGACGAAAUUAAUUCGUUCUGCGAGUUUUUUCGUCUUGCGAGUUUUUUCGUCUUGCGAAGCACGGUUUCAAUUUUUUCAAAAAAAUCUUCAGAAACCUCAAAAAAGGCUACUACACCGCGUGCUAUGAGUUGCUCCCCGAAGUCAAGUCGCAACUGCACUUCUUCAAGCAAUGCACCCUGUAUUACUGUAACGGUUUUAAGAAAAAGGAAACAAACUUGCAAGACGUUUCCGUCUUGCGAAGCAAGCUCAUAGGGAAAUUCGUCUCGUGAAGCAACUCAAAAAAUGAAAAACUCUUUCGUCUUGCGAGUUUUUCGUCUUGAGAGGCAUUCGUCUUGCGAGGUACCACUGUAGUUCUGUACACACUUACCUAGAGGGAAGGACCAUUGAAUUAAAUUGGUGUAUCUUUGAGUAACCAUGCAUAGGAUUGAGCUGAGGAGGGUCCUAUUUGGAACUGAUCCUCCAUCCUGGGAUGAAGCUGAGAAAGCUGAUGAAAAUUUAAGUGGACAAGACAUAGCACUAGUGGGACAUGGCUAUCUCUGGCUGAAUAUAAACUGUAUAAAAAGGACAGGGAAUGACAUACUGGAGGAGGUGUCACUCUGGACAUCAAAGGGGACAUUAAGACUAGCAAGCUAGAAAUCCCUGAAGGGGCAGGCCCUUCCACAGGACUCUUGUGGUUGGUGAUACUGGGCCACUUAGUAAUUUAGUACAAAACAUACUAUCACUGCCCUGAUCAAAAUGCUUCAGGAUAUCUUGAGAUGAAGAAUAAAAUCAAGGAAGCAUCCUAAGGAUUCAGAUGUUGUAGUGAUGAGUGACAUCACUUACCCAUACCUAGACUGGCUCUAUAUGUGUUCCAGUCAUGACCAAGAGGUAAAAUUUCUAUAUAGAGGCAGCCCCCUGUUUAUGCAAAUUCUAAAUGUGCAUAACUGCAUAUUUCGCCAAAUCCAGAAAUAUCAUAAAGACAUUACUGAAACAUCACUAAAAUGAUGAGCUGGAGCGGGGUGUUUGUAGACUUUUUCAGUGGGUUUCAGUUAUACGUGAUUUAACUGUUGCGCAUGGUGCCUUGGAAUAUAACCCCACAUAAACAGGGGGCUGCCUGUACACUAAAUCACUGUGCCCUAGAACAGUUGGUCAUGCAAUUGAUCAGAAUGGUGGUGACCCUGGAUUUAACCUUGAGUGGUGUCCAGGAUCUAGUGUGAGAUGUAAGUGUUGUCGAACCAAUUGAGAGUGGUGACCAUAGUGCUGUUUAAUUAGAUAUACAUGUACAUGGCCAAUUGCCAAGAAAAAUAUAACACAAUCACAUUUUACUUCAAAACAGGAAACUUCCCCAAAAUGAAGGGAUUGAUAAAAAGGAAAUUGAAAGCCAAAGAUAUUAAAAUGCUUGGGAGUUGUUAAAAAACACAACAGUAGAAGCUCAACUGCUAUAUAAACAUACUAUAAGGGCCAAGAGGAUAGUAGCGUGGUUAAUGAGCAGAGUCAAAAGCCCUAUUAGAGGCCAGAAGGCUUCCUUCAAAAAUUUGAAGUCUUGUCCAAAAGACUUCAGAACAUGAAGAAAACAAAGUGGAACACAAUCCUUGGCAAAACAAAUGCAAUCAAGACAGUAAGAUAAAGGUAAAGGGACCCCUGACCAUCAGGUCCAGUCGUGACCGACUCUGGGGUUGUGGCGCUCAUCUCGCUUUAUUGGCUGAGGGAGCCGGUGUACAGCUUCCAGGUCAUGUGGCCAGCAUGACUAAGCCGCUUCUGGCGAACCAGAGCAGUGCAUGGAAACACUGUUUACCUUCCCGCUGGAGCGGUACCUGUUUAUCUACUUGCACUUGGAUGUGCUUUCAAACUUCUAGGUUGGCAGGAGCAGGGACCGAGCAAUGGGAGCUCACCCCGUCGCGGGGAUCCAAUCCGAAUCUGAUUGGAAAGUCCUAGGCUCUCUGGUUUAACCCACAGCGCCGCCCACGUCCCAUAAUCAAGACAGUAAGGGAUGCUAAAAAAGAAUUUGAGCAGGACAUUACUAAAAACCUGAAGACCAACAACAAAAAGCUAUAUAAAUACUUUAGUAACCGAAGUAUAGGGGAACUGUUGGGCCCUUGGAUGAAUAGGGAGUCAAAUGUGUACUAAAGAAGGAUAAGGAGAUUCUAGAGAAGCUGAAUUACUUCUUUGCAUCUGUCAGUGGAAGAUAAAGGGUAGAUCCUAGUGCAGGGGUCUUCAAACUAAGGGCUGCAGGCCGGAUCCGGUCCACCAGCCUCCUAAACCCGGCCCGCCUGAGAUGCAUGAGUACUGGCAAGGAGAAUGUCCAAAAUAUUACUGAAGGCACGGCUGUGUUGAUACUAAGCUUGGGCAGCGCUUUAAUGCCCUUGCGCAUGUGGAAAGCGAGGAAAAGCCGUGAGGCAAAACAAGCACAAUGGGCAAAGGUGGAACUGAGCCUUUGCGUUGGGAGGAGGAGUAUAAUAUGGUGGCCUGGUUGGUCCUUUUGGCACGUGCGCACUGCGGUGUUUGUGUAUUCUAGCUGCGCAGUGGCGGCAUUGUCAGUGGCUCUGGGGGAGGAGGGGAAGAUGGCAUUGUCCUCGCUGGAGCGGAAACUGUCCCACUUGGAGGCCAAGCUGAAGCAGAAGAACAGGGAAGCCCGGAUGUGCAUCGACCUCAACUUGGAGAUCUGUCUGACCCGGGCUUGGCCUAGUAAGGGAGGCUUUGAGGGGAGAAACGGUGGCGGUGGUGGCAGCAGCAGCAGGGGUGGCUCCAUGGAAGGCCCCCCCCACUUGGGUGACGGACACAGGCCUGCCUGUCAUGAGAUGCACCUGCCGGGUUCUUCCGCCUGGAGGGAGGCAUGUGCGUGCUUGGAGAGGUGGAAGCGAAGGCAGGGCUCCAGCUCCGCCCUGCCAGGCUGCUCCUGCUUUUCCUGGGGGCCGCCACCGCUGCGUCUUCCCCUCCGAAGCACCUAAAGUUUCUUCUCCCCAGUGGAGCCGCUGGGGACUUGGCUACGAUGGGGAGCCUUACCGCAUGUGGCAAGGUGCCCUCGCCGUCCUCCGCCGGGCCGUGUGGCCAGCGGUGCCCUCUCCUCUCCAGAGCCCACGCGCCUUUGUCCAGCAUGGUGGCCCGCCCACGGCUCCAGUCCCUGGCCACCGCUGCCUAGGGCUGGCCACUCCUCUGGCUGCUUCUAGCUGCAGCUGCCACUACUGCCUUGUUGUAGCCGUGGGGGACUGCCUUUGGGUCACUUUCUGUGGGGUGGGGGAAAUAGAAGCCUUCUUUGUCGUCAGUUCUGGAGAGCUCGGGGUUUAAUUUUAUUAUAUUUCACGACUCUUUCUCACUCUACCAAGACUUUUCCAGGGGAGCUGUCACUUUUCUCUCUCUUCUCUCCGAGGUUUUGCUAAGAGCUUUCAGCCGGCAACUGGUGUCCUUGGACACCCCCGGGGCUUUACUCGCUGCCUCCUGUCUCCCCUACCUCAAACUUGCAUGUGAGCCUCCUGGAGCUCAGGAGGCGCUUGUAUCACCAAAGAAAGAAUUGGGGAAUGGGGAUUUGUGUACAGGAGAAAGAUUUGUCCCCCGUUCUCUCUCAUUCUUUCUUAAGUAGUUGCUUGUGUGAGGCUGGGGGUGUGUGGCGACGGUCAUAGCGGGAGAGUUUGGGGGAAAUCUCCAGUGAACAAAUUGGCAAAAAGUGUACCCUUUUAUUACAAUCCCCAACACACACACACACACACACACACACACACACUGUAAUUGUAGUUGAUUUGCAGGGAAUCUGGGUUCCUGAGUUUUCGAAACACACGUUUCAAAAGCGUCCUGGAUUCUAGACAUCUCAUUCUUUCUUUAAACAACUUCAGUUUCGGUGCAGUUGAAAAGUUUAUGUUGAUUAAAAUUGUUCUUCAUUUUAAACAUUGUAUUGUUUUUCCUGUUUUUUGUGCGCUACAAAUAAAAUCUGUGCAGUGUGCAUAGGAAUUCGUUCAUAUUUUUUUCAAACUAUAGUCUGGCCCCCAGCAGUGUCUGAGGGACAGUGAACCGGCCCCCUGUUUAAAAAGUUUGAGGAGCUCUGCCCUAGUGCCUGAACUAACUCUUACAGGGAGGGAGUAUGAUGAACUGAGGCUGAUAGUGGUGACGAGAGAUGACAUUCUAGACAAAAUAAAAAGUCAUGUAAAUCAUUUUAAGAUGCAUUUAAAUGUAAAUCAUUUGAAGCAAGUAGGAAUCUUUCACCCAACAUGGAGCUCGAACCCACAACCCUGAGAUUAAGAGGCUCAUGCUCUACUGAUCGAGCUAUCCCAGGGGUUCAUCUGACAACCAAGAACAUAAGAACUUGCUGGCUCAUCUAUUACAGCAACCUGUUCUCUUUCAGAAACAUUACUGCUUCCAACUGUGGAGUCAGAGUAUCGCCAUCAUGGCUAGUAACCAUUGAUAGUCCUCUCCUCCAUGAACUUGUCUUUUAAAACCAUCACUGCCUCCUGUGGGAGUGAGUUCCAUAGUUUAACUGUGCUCUACGUGAAUAAGUAAUUCCCUUUUAUCUGUUCUGUAUCUUCCAACAUUGAGCUUCAUUGGAUGUUCACAAACUCUAGUGAGAAUUCACACAUUAUGAGCGAGGGAGAAAAAACUAAUUUCUUUUCAAUUUCUCCAUGCCAUGCAUAACUUAAUGAACUUCUAUCAUGUCACCUCUUACUCACCUUUUCCAAAAACAAAACGUCCCAAAUGUUGCAACCUUUCUUCAUAGGGGAGUUGUUCCACUCACUUGAUCAUUUUGGCUGGUACUUUUCUUAACUUUCCUCAUCUCUACAAUAUUAUUUUUAGGUGUGGAAGCCAAAACUGUAUACAGUAUUACAGAUGCAGUUGCACCAUAGAUUUAUAUAACUGCAUUAUGAUAUCAGCAGUUUUAUUUGCAAUUCCUUUCCUAAUGAUCCCUAGCAUGGAAUUUGACCUUUUCACUGCUUCUGCACACUGGGUCUACCUCUUCAUCAAACUGUCUACUGUGACCAUAAGGUCUUGUUUCUGGUCCUUCAUGACCUGCCAGACCCCAUGAGUAUGUAUGUGAAAUUAUGAUUUUUUGCUCCAACAUGCAUGUGUUACACAGAGCGUUAAACUUGCAAUUCAGUCAGUUUGGAGAGGUAUUUUUGGAGCUCUUCGCAAUCUCGUCUUUGCUUUAAUAAUCCUGAACGAUUUAGUAUCAUUAGAAAACUUGUCCACCUUACUACUCAGUCCUAACUCUACAUCAUCAUCAUCAUCAUCAUCAUCAUCACUUUUGAUACCUUUUUCAUGAUCAAAUUGAACAUCUUCCCCUUUUGCAUUUAUGAUUGCCAACUGUUUAUCUUUCCUUGAUUCACUGUGUUGCUCUAUUAUUUAGGUACCCAUACAUUUUAGGUAAUCUUUAAAUCAUCAACUUACCAUACUACUUACCUUAGUUUCUGUGUUUUGUAAUUAAAUUUAAUUCUGUAUUUAUUUAAAACAUUCCUUGCCCACUCUGCAUUGCGAAAGCCUUUCUGUAUAAUUCUAGUAACUAGACAUAAGUGCCCUAAACAUUGCUAUUUGUUUGCUUUUAAUUUCAUUUAGGGACAGAUGCAUGUGGUUAUAGAAAGAUGGUAAAUCCUCACUAUUUUUAAUUGGGAUAGAUUGUCAAGCAUAGAUUUAGCAUAGUCUUUUUAUAGAAUAUGGCCCAGCAACUGGAGAAGGUCAAGGGCAGAGAGCAGGCUAGUGAACAGUCUUGGGAAGCCACCAGGUGAAUUUUGGAAAAUAUUGGGAGGGUGAAGUUGAAAUAGGUCUGUUAAGCAACUGUGGUUAAUUGCUCAGAUAUUCUAGUAAAAACAAACAAACCCUAAGGCUUAUAUAGAUGGAGGGGUGGGGUGAUUUCUGAAGUGGUUGGUUAUAAUGAGAUAAACCAACUGCAAUUGCAAAUGGUUGGGAUGGGGUAAUUGCAGUUUCUUGUCUGGCCUGGCCUUGUUUUAAAAUUUCUUUGGUGGUAGACAGUGUAGAACUUUAUAGGGCUCUCUAAAACCUAUCAUUCUUGAUACUCAGUUAUUAGAAAGAUUUGCUCUCAUGGUUAUCGCCAAAAAUUAGAUGUUUGUGAAAGCUAGUUUCACAAAAUCCCGUUUGUGUCUGUGGUGAUAUAUUUAUAAAUGAUCUGCACGAAAUUUUCUUUCAGAAACGGAGAAGACUUUGUGCAGAAUAUAUACAUGUUACAAUGUAGAUGUGAUAAGCAUCAUCUUCUGAUAAGCAUGUGAACUGGCCAUUUGUUUAAUCAUACCAGUUAUAUCACUGCUGUGUUUAUACAGCAUUGUGCUGUGGCAUUUAGCACAUCCUUGUACUAAUUUUUUUUUUUGGGGGGGGUACAGUUGUUCCUUAUUCUUCUCAUAUCCUGUUAUGUGUGUUUUCUGCAGUUUUCUGCAGUCCUAAACAUACCAAAUUUACCUGAAUCAAACAUAGUAUCUGGAAUCAAAAGUACUAUGUGUAGAACCUAAGGGGCACUACAGGCCAGCUGAAAACUGUUCCUGCAAGUUUUAUGUAGUGUGGGGUUGUGCAAGUGUUUGGCUCUUGUGUCUGUUUUCAAUAUUAAACUGUCAGAUGCUCCUGGAAAAGCAUGGCAUGGGGGAUAUAGGAGGAACUCUUGAAAAUGUGGUGAGAUUUACUGUAAAACAAGGGUAUAUAUUCGUAUUAAUAAUUUGUGACAUGGAUAUAUGUGGGCAGGUGAGUUGAUACACUUUUUGACAAUUUGUAAAUUUUUGGACAGAUUUGAAAGACUGACUAAAUUUAAAGUAAAAUGUUGCUUUUUAUUUAAAAAGAGUCUAGUAUAUACCGGUAUUAAAGUGGUCAAUGCCAUUGAAACUGGUGGCUGGUGCAUGUAGUCAAAUAUUUCUUUCUUUCUAUCUUUUUUAAUAGGCUGAAGUUGUAGCCUCUGACAUGGCUGCAGCCUCUCCAAGAUCUGGAAGCAGUAAUAACUAUCAUGGAAGACUGCAAAUGCAAGUAACUAGUAAGUAAAAAUUUGCAAAUAAUAAACCUGAUCCUUUAAAUGCCCUCUUGUUAGCACUAACUUGUAAUUUGCCAUUAUUCACCUUUGGUGAGCAGAAAUUGCUUCAAGGUGACCAGUCAGUGCUGAUCCAGUCCUUCUAGUUUUCUCUGUCUCUUUAAAUGGAAGGUAUAAUUUAUGUAUGCACAGUGAAGUGUAUUGCCAUAGUUUUUCUUUGUGUCUCCGUUCCUUUCCCACUGAGAGGGGUGGGUAAAAAAAAAAUAUAUAUAGCUCCCUUUAGUUGUUCUGUUGUGUAUACAUACAGAUUUUCAGUCUUGUAAUCCUAAACAAGGAUGUUGGUAUUUUCCAUUAAUUGUCUUCUGGGUUCUAAGAACAGACUUCCUUGUUACACUUAUGGAUAUUAGUAGUAACUAACAGUACAGUGGAGUCCUCCCGUUCAGAUUUCUUGCCAUUCCAUUUCUCUAUCCUUUCUAGUUUUGUGUCUCAUCCAAGCCACGAAUGAUCAGCCAGCAUUACAUGUCCACUGAGCCUGCUCAGUCCAGCUUUUGUGGGCCACUCCCUUUAUUUUUUGCACUUCUGCAAGCCUUCAGGUUCUUCCAAGUCUGCUGAUGCCUCCCUCUUGUUUGUGGAUGGUGUCAUUUUGACUACGUAAGAAGUGGCACACAUUGAAUAGGGUUAACCAUUAGUAUACAUUUGAUUGUUUAGCCACUGAUUACAACGAACAUAUAGAACUAUAAAUCACAAACUUAUUAUACAUUUGGAAAACCUAACAGAAACAUGCAAAGUCAUUUUAUAUUAAUUACCUGUGUGGUCUAAAAUAAUUAAAAAUUAUCUUCCUUAGAAAGGACAGAAUUGAUUCCGUAAAAGCUUGAUGAGUGUGCAUUGCAGAAAUGGCAGAUGGAGCAAUCUUUGUUUUUUUGUCAAUCCAUUUAUGUUGUGGCUUACGGACACUGCUAUUUUCCACUGAGCAUGCUAGUUUUGAAUUUUCAGUAAAAUGGAUCCCAACUGUUUCCCUCUUGCAGUACUCUAGAGAGAGCUUAUCUGUAAAUUGUGGGGUGGAUUGCCACUGCCAUAAACACAAACAUCUUGUGUAUAGGAGUGAAGCAAUUUUUCAUCCAGCACUGUUGUCUGUUUAUAUUGAAAUCAUAAAAUUACAGCAAUAGUACAAUGUUUAAUAGCCGGCUAUUAGCUAUGCCCGUUACUGCUGAAGAAACUGCAGAUAUCUCAUGAGUCUUACAAUCUUCCUGGGAAACCAGGAAAGUAUAGCUUGUUUGGAUGGUUCAGUGGUCAUCCUUUAAACCUGAGGUUACUGGAAGAUAGAUCUCUUAAUUAAUGUAAGUGUAAUAAGUGAACUCUGUAUUACUUUUGUAUAUUACUUUGAGAGCUUCUUUAGCUGAAAAAUGGCAAAUAUUUGUAUAGCAUUUUAGAAUAAUCAGAGAACUUCACAUAUAUUAUCUCAAUAGACACAAAUGCUUUAAGUUAUCUUUCUGAGCCUCAAAUCCAAUAAGUAAUUCUUGCAAAGCCUCAAUAGUACUUUAAAACUCUGAAACAGUAACGGUCUGAGAUGUCAUUUUACCUGGCAAUGUCAGCCUACAUUUAUUUAGCUCUUUGGUCUCCUGAGAAGCCAAGAACACAGCAACUUCUGAAAGGCCCAGUUGGCUUGGGGCCAAAUACCUUUCACUCCUUUGAGCCUUUGACUGGUAACUAACUCCAUGUCAUUGAAGUUCACAAAUGAUGUAACAAGGUAUGCAUGGAUGGGCAGGAAAUCUAGUUACAUCCCCCCCCCCCUAGUUUUAGAGAUGUCCAACAAUCCUUCUGCCUUCUCCCUCCCUGCCAGUUUCUGCUGAAUGACCCUGCAUUUGAAAUCUUCCAUUUUAAAAAGCAAUCUAAUUUGAUACAGAACAGUGGCUGAGAUUAUAGUUGCUUUCAGGGUUCACCAGUAGUGUAAUUCUGCUGUAUUUAACUCCAAUAGACUAGAAUUACUGCUGUCCAGUAAACUGUUGUUAUUUAGGAAAUGUAUAUACUACCCUUCGUCAAAACGCUACAGCGCAGUUUGCAACAUAAUAAACAAGAUAAUGUAAAUCCAUAAUAUCCACACAAUACAAAAAUUAAAAAUCAUAUAAAUACAAUUCAUAAUAAUAAGAAAUAUGUAAUACAUACUAAAAUAUAAUAGAUAAUGAACAAUACAUAUAAGUAGCAGUGUCAAGUUAUACAUUUGUGAAAAAGGGAAAAUGAGAGGUGUGUUCCUAAUAGUUUGUAAUACCGUACUUUUCUGUGUAUAAGACUAGUUUGUUUUCUUUAAAAAUUAUGCAAAAAAGUGGGGACCAUCUUAUACAUGGAUAGUGCGUAGGGUGGACGUUUGAUUGGUUGCUGCCGUGGCUGUCAGCGACUGUUAGGCGUGUUAUUGGUUGCUGCGUCAAUGGUUGGUGUUGAUUGGCUGACGCUGUGGCAAUUGGGUGGGCGAUUGGCAGUUUGUUCCGGCGAUGGGACAGACGUGAGGCAGAUUUUGGGACGUGUGUGGAUUUUCGGCAACCCCCCCUAAACAAAGCUCAACAACCCUACGUAAUCCCCCUCCCCAAAAAAGCACAACAACUCUGGGUAAUCCUCCACAAAAAAGCUCAACAACAUGCACCUGCCUCUUAAUCUAUGCUAAAUCAACACAGUACUAAUGUUAUGAAUGCAGCCAUUUUUUUAAAAAAAUAUGAGCCCGCAACACCUGUUAGCUUGCUUCUCUAGAUAACAUCCGUGGUAUAUUUUAUUAUUGUAUGUAGAUUGGUUCUUCACAAACAGUGCUGUUAUGUUUCUGCACUGUGCUUGAUUGUUUCAGUCAAGACUGAAGAAGGCAAAGCAAUUUAAGCACACUGUAGAGUGAAUAUUGUUUGCUUAAGGCUUUAUGUGAAUAACAGUGGUCUUCACAUUUUCUAGUGUGGAAGACUGGCAAACUGUGUUAUCUAUUUCAAUUCAUUGCCAUUUCUUCCAUUUAUCUUUUCUGUCACCUGAAUAAUAAAUUAUAUGAAAUAUAGGGUAGUUUGUAUUUCUUUUAGUUUCAUGUGUUUUUCAUCUGUUCAUUCACUUAUUCCAUAUUCUGCUCACCUUAGGCAAAGGAUGAAGUAUUGAGUGGACAGGAAAUAUUGAAUUAGAUCACAGAAAUUCAUCUAGGGAAAGAAUGAAAAGAAUUUUUUUUUUUUUAAAAAAGACUUUCUUAAAUGGCAUAUGAUUUCAAAACUCAGGUUUUUAUUCAGUUUUUCUAUUUUCCUAAUAUAACAAAAAUAGCUCAGUACAUAGUAUACAAUUCAACAUGGUUUGGCACUAUGAGAACAAGCCUAGAAGGAGCCUUGGAUGUGUGUAUUCCUUCCUUCCCUUAUGUGCUCAAAAUACUUAGUCACUUCCUGUUUUUUUGGCAAACCAAAGUUUGUUUAUAUCAAAACGGGCAAACUGUAAUUUGUGCUUGCUCUGCAAACCAGGAUCACAGUCUGUGUUUUAAUCCUGGUUUGCAUGGCAAGUACAAAUAACAGUCAGUCACUCCCUAGUAACAAACUCUUCAGAUAAGAGAGUGGUGACAGAAAAGAAGCAAUACAGGGCCACUGAGAAACAAGAGGGAGGUGAACUUUAUUUCCUUGAGAACAUGAGCAUCUCAUGUAUAACUUAAUUAGAUCUUAGCUGGAGUUUACUUUGAAAUGGAACAGCAUAAUCUAUUGUUUAGUCUAGAAGUGUAUUUAAGUUUAUCAUCAGUUUUGACACAGUGAUGCCCAGUUGAUGGUGUCAUGCUCAAAAAUAGGUCCGGGGGAAUCAAAUACUACAUUUUAAUCCCUGUUAUGUUAGUACUGAAAUGGCCCAUGUGGGUACUGGAUUCAUAAUAGUUUACUGACCCAUAAUUUUUAAAACGUCGAGUUAUACAGUGCCUCUGAAGGAUACAGUGGCCCUUUCCUGUUUGUUUGUAUACAUAUCAUCAGUGCUCCCCCCCCCCCCGGGGAUACACAGGGGUAUGCAUACCCCUAAACAUUUUGUGAAUCUUUGUACUUUUGUCCAUUUACUGUAUUUAUUUCCCAUGAUUUGAACUAUAAAAUGGUGAUUUUCUUGAGUCAAAAUGAGAGUACCCCUAAACAUUUUUUUAAGAAAAAAGCACUGCAUAUCAUAUGUAUAUAUAUUGACAUUGUAAAUGAGUUAUGCUGAAUAUUAAACCAAAGCUCCAGAGGGCCAGAAGUAGUAUUCCGUUAUAGCCACACACUUAAAAUAUCCUCACUUUUUGCUAUUCCACACCAUCCCCUCUUGCCCCUGGCAGUGCUUUGCCCUAAGAUGAAAGAUGAAAUGUGUUCUGCUUGAUUAUUUUUUUUAAACUGCCAGAAAUAGGGUUACUGCUACAUUUUUCAGCAGAAGUUGAGAAAGCAAACAUUGUUUUUUCAAUUUAUUAUUGAAUAAGAUAUGUUUGUCAUUGUACAAUAUGAAAUGUUUUCCAGUGGUUAUAAGCAAUGUUUUUGUUAGUUUCUAGUGCCAAACUGAAAAGAAAAAAGAACUGGUUUGGUGGAACUGCCAUCUAUACAGAACUAGUAGCUGAUAGUGAAGUUAAGAAAACGUCUAAAUCUAACAGUUCCUCAAAUCCAAAAUGGGAUGAACAGUUGACUGUGUAAGUAGAUCUUUCUUCAUAACUUUUAUUAUUGUGAACAACUUCCUUGCUGUGGGAUAAUGAUUCGCUGAGAUGCAUUUUUGAUUUUACAAGAUUUUUAUGGAGGUAACUUGCAUCUUACGCUUAUUUCGCUUGGCACACUUGGCCAGGAAAUAAUUAAAUAAAUAGAAAGUGGGUGGGACAGGCCAAAAGAAGGGCCAGUGGGCAGCAACAACCCCUCUGUGCCUCCAUUUUCUUCCUUUCCAUGGGGCAGCUAGAAAAAAGAUUGAGGAAGGUGGAUGGGAUGUGAAGCUGCAGGGAGAGUGCAUGAGUACAAGCUGCCAUAUCAUGGGUUUUCCUCAAUUUUGCUUUUGCACACGAUGGCCAGAAACGUAAUCUCCAUGUAAGAUGUAAGUUACCUGUACCUCUUAAUAAAAAUAAACCUAAGUGCUUUACUUUAAGUGCUAUAAUAUGAAAUACUGUUAAAUAAUAUAAAAUACUAUAUUAUUCAGCACCAGCAGGUGUAGUGUUUGGGACUGCUCCAAGUCUCUUGCUCUUCUUGAAAGAUCUGUUUACACACAAAAAUAUGAGAUCCUUCACUCUGAUAAGUAUGUUCGUAUCAGAACUGAAACAUUAACAGUGGAAAGAACUUAUGGAUAAGGAGGGCUUUCAUUUAUUGACACCCACGCCCACCCAGUAUGGAAUAACUAGUUAUGCAAUGAAUGAUGUGGUGAGAGAACAUUGGGUGUAUUCCUCCAGUUCACAGUGGCUACAUAGAGAGCCAAGAAUCAUCUGUAGGUUCCAGAAAAGAUUAGGUGAGGCUAUGUAGCCCAAAUCAGUUUGAAAUUGAUGAUUUAUGACAUCAAUGCCUAAGUAUAAAAAUCUACAACUUGUUAAAGAACAGCUUUGUCUUCCUUCCCAUUAUGUUUCUAAUUUCUUUUCUGUUUGUUUUAUUGUAUUCAUUUUUAUUUGAGUUUCAAAUGUUUUUUGUAAUUACUUUUAUGUAAAUGUAUUUUAACACAACUAACAACAACAACAAAUUUAUUAUUUGUACUACUACUACAGUGUUACUAUUUAUACCCUACCUAUCUGGCUGGGUUACCCAGGCACAAUAAAUGCAGGCUCAUUCAGGUUUUUUUCUGUCCUUUCCUUUCCGUAAAUACAGGACUCAGUAGGCUUCUAUCCACUUGCUUGUAAAAAAGUAGACUUGCUUUCAGGAUUCUGGUCUGGGAAAUAAGUGGUUUGACUGUUUCACAAGCACUUGGCCCUUCUAAAUAUUCUCUUCACACUGGCAAUUUUAUUCACAUGAUUCCCUCUAGGUGCAAACUAAGCAUAACUAGAAGCUGGGAUGCUGCCUGUCUCUGCUCUGUUUUCUACUAUGGGAUUCCAACCUGAUGCAAGCUGUGCCAAAACAAAAUGUGUAGCUUCUGUACUGUGUAAUAUCCUGACUCUUGCAUAUCUCUGGAACUUAAUUAGACUUGGGUGCCUAGGCUGGGGAGAGGUCUUCAGAGCAGUGUACUUGCAUUUUUCAGUGGGCGGCGGCGGGGGGGGGGGGGAAUUCAACAUUGACAAAUUUGACUGUUAUUAAACACAGCUGUUUAACUUCAUAAUGCAGAUUUAUGUCUAAACUCUAUUUAGGUCUAGCUGUUGUUUUGUAUGUUGAAUAUGAUGAAACUGAUAGACUGCAGUGUGCCAUGAUGAAAAAGGAAUUGAAACUUGUUUGUUGUUUAUAGGAAUGUGACUCCGCAGACCACUUUGGAAUUUAAAGUUUGGAGCCAUCAUACUUUAAAAGCUGAUGCUUUGUUAGGAAAAGCCACUGUAGAUCUUAGACAAGCCUUGGAAAUGCAUGAUAGAAGAUGUAAGUUUCCAGUUUAUUUAAAUUUCAUUAGUUAACAAAAUCUUUAUACGAAAAUGUGUCUUGGUUUUUGUAAUAUAUAUGUUUAACUGCAGAUGAUGUUCCAAUUGUUACAUAUAUUGUAGCUAUAUAUAAAGGCUUAAGGCUUACUUGAUCUUGCAUAAUUUCUCCCACCCCACAUAAACUGACCUUGCUGGUGACUGUAGGAGUGUUAUGAUUGAUAAAACAUAACCCAUAAAGCAAUUGGAAUGAGCAAAUCUAUAAAGGUUCAUUUUAUUAGGCUGAUGUGUCUUGCAUGAGCAGGAGCCCCAAGCUGUCUCCAACCACAUUUUCAGAGAUUUCCCAUUUAUAGUACAACCAGUGCUUUUUCUGGGGGGAUGCAGGGGAACCCAUACCCCUAAACAUUUUGUGAGUCUAAGUUUGGCCUCAUUAAGGGGCAGUAUUUCAAUAUGAGUAGGAAAAUGAGAGUGCCCCUAAACAUUUUUAAAGAAAAAAAGCACUGAGUACAACCCCACAUGAAGCAUCCAAUACUUUACAGAAGCUUUCUGCAACUCCAAGGAGAGACUUUGUGGGGAUCACAGAACUGCAGAAGUGGAGGAAGGGUUGGAAAGCCCAAUUACCCAAGUUGCCUUCUGUUUGUAGAACUUUUGAAUCCAGCCUAUAACUGAUUAGGCAGGUGUAUAUGUUUGUUUGUUGUAAGUGUACACACACACACACCUCUCAGGGUGGGUGGGUACUUAUAUCUACAUAUUGAUUAUGUGUAGGCACAAAUAGAUCCACAACUCUUAAGGAAUUGUGUGGCAUAGUUUGUGAUGAACUAUUCAAGGCACAGUUGUAUAGUCCCUGGAAAUAUGUCCCAGGUGAUGUAGAAUGGAAAGUCUGACUUCGUACGCUCUUCAUGCCUAUGGAAACCUCAACAGUGAACUUCUGCCAUUUCUCCUUGGCUGGUGCACCAUGAGCAAGAGAGAAAUAAAGGCAUGCUGGGCUGGAUUGAGGGGGGUAUUUGAUCUAUAGGGUCCAAGGAUGCCCCCAUACCUCUAGCACACCCCCACAACAGGAAGAAAACUAUGUUAGCCUUGGAGUUGAUGAAAUGAGUUUCUCUCCUAUAGGAACUUAUGAAAGAGAAAUUGAAAAAGGUAAAAAAAAAACACCAAAACAAAACCCAAGAACUUUAGAAUUAUUUAGAUAAAUUGCUCCUCCCACUGUCCAACUCCUGCUGUGGCUGGCAAGGCUUAGAUAUGACAUUACCUGGCCAUGGAUUCUCCCUUAUGCUCUACAGUAGCAUUUUCUGUUAAGCAUCGAUAUAAUGUGGAAAACCAUGCUGUAGCAGUGUAAUCUUAAUAUUUGAAUCAAUCAUUCCAAAGAAUUAAAAUGAAAAGUUAAGUAUUAAUGCAAGCCUACUUAAAUAUAUAUAUAUAUAUAUAUAUAUAUAUAUAGCGCAAUUAUUUUUUCUAGUGACUGGUUCAUUGAAAUAUUUUUUUUUCUUAUAGUAGAAAGAGUCAAAGAACAGUUGAAACUCUCACUGGAAAACAAGAGUGGCUUGGUGCAAACAGGAGAACUAAUAAUUGUGCUUGAUGGUUUGGUGCUUGAACCAGAAUCUCUCACAAACCACAGUUCACUAGUAACCAGUAAGUUAAACUGGGGAAAAUAAGAUUAACCUUAAUAUCCCAUGGUAUAAGAAAGAAAAUAUCUAAUUUUGUUUCUUAUUGUUUAGUAGAAGUCCAGCAAAAUGGUGAUGCGUUACAUGAAAACAGAGAAACAUCCGCAAGAACCACUUCCAGGUCAGAGUUUUCUUUAAAGAAAACUAUUUAUGGUAACAGUAUAAUCACCUUACUAAAAUGUCAUAAAACUGAAUUUGUAUUGCAGAAUAUCAGGUUGCAUUUCAGAGUUCAGCUGGGAUGUUUUGCAGUAAGAGUAAGAGAGGAAGUGCAUUAUUGAAAAAUAAAUCUGCUUUAGAAUAUGCAUUUACUUCGGGGAUGGGUAUUUACUUUGACUCAUUCUACUAUGAGAAAGAGAUUUUAUUUACUUAUUCAUCUGCUUAUUUUGAAUGCAUCUGAUAAUAUGCUCUGUAGAGAAGGGAACGCCAACCAUUUUAGACCCAUGGGCACAUUUGGAGUUGGUUCCACUGUUGAACAGCUCUUACUGUCAGAAGGUUCUUCCUGAUGUUUAGUCGGAAUCUCUUUUCUUGUAACUUGAAUCCAUUCAUUUGGGUCCUAGCCUCAGGAUCAAGAGAAAACAAGCUUGCUUCAUCUUCCACAUUAUAGCCCUUUAGAUAUUUAAAGAUGGCUAUCAUAUAUCUUCUUUCAGUCUCCCCUUAUCUCGGCUAAACAUACCAAACUCCCUCAACCAUUUCCUACAAGGCCUGGUUUCUUACCCCUGAUCAUUUUGUUGUCCUUCUCUGCACACUUUCCAGCUUGUCAAUAUCCUUCUUAAAUUGUGGUGCCCAGAGCUGAACACAGUAUUUCAGGUGUGGUCUAACCACAGCAGAAUAGAGUGGUACUAUUACUUCCCUUGGUCGGGACACUAGACUUCUGUUGAUGCAGCCUAGAAUAGCAUAAGCUUUUUUUGAUGCAGCAUACACUGUUGACUCUACUAAGACCCCUAGAUCCUUUUCACAUGCACUGCUAAGUAAGCCAGGUGUCCCCUAUAUUAUAUUUGUGCAGCUGUGUCUUCCUGUAUAAGUGUAUUUGCCAUUGGCUAGUAUUAAAUCAGAACACAAUGAUUAAAGUGUCUAUCUGUAAAGCAUAUUUCAUUAUUAUUUCAACUUCCCUUAUUUCUGUCCAUAAUUUUUUAAUUUGGGGCAUGCCCAAAAGACAUGCUGUAUCCCAGUACUGGUUGCCUUGCAUCUCCAACAUGAAUUAAUUCAUUGUGCUAUAAAUACAAUUAGACAAAGUGGCCUCAGGUGCCAUAGAAAGAAAAACUUAUGAAAGUUUUCAUUAAGAUUCUUGCUAAUUGUCUGGGGAACAUUUUGCCAUACCCCUUUUCACCAAUUUAAGAGGAUUUCCUAUCCCAAUCUUUCUGUCAAUUACUCUGAUAAGAAUAGGUUGUGAAAUCCAUAUUUCAGGAUUCAUAUAACUAACUUAGUUUUGUGGUGUUCCUUGUUAGCCACAGUAUCUCAACUUACAUCAGCUCCGAGAUGUCCAAGUUUUUUAAACUAAAGUCUAAGCAGUGUUUCUAAACUGUAAAUAUUGAAAAAACUACAGCCAGUUUUGUUGCAUUUCAUUAAUCGUCUCAAACCACUCAUCUUGGCAUUAAGUGGUGUGUAUAUAUAAAAAAUUAAAAAGUAAUAUCACAGAAGGCAAACAUUUCUCUCUCUGCUAGCCAACCCACUCCUGCUUUCUCUGCAUGAUUUACUGUGGGAUGUAUGUUUAUGCACACCCAGCAGGAAAGUAAUCAAGUAUCAGAUUCUUGCAGCCACCUGUUCUGGCUGCAGAUCAGUUGGUGAUUCUGCUGUGCUGUGAGCUACUUGCACAUAAACACUUUUGCUGGCUAGAAAUACUCUGUCCCGGAGCUGUGGGAAGGAACAUCACCCCCUGUGCAUCCAGCUCAGAAAUGCAGUGGGCUGAUAAGGAGGAAUAGACAGAUUGGUUUCUGUGCUGACAAGGAAGUAAGAGGUUUGUCUUUCCUCUGCCAAACUAUUCACUCACCAAGAUGGAAUUCUAUGCAAUUAUUUGUAUGGAAUCCCCAGUCUCCAAUGGCAACCAGGUGAGUAGUUAAAUACAAGGCUGAAUUUGCCACUAAAAUAACAGAUACUGGAGCUUUCUCCAUUCAGUCUAAUCAGCUACUAUCCAGCAUUGUUAUUGAUAAUGUUAGCCGUUAAAUUGAAGUUAAUUACAGACAAGGCUACUUUGAAUUCCCAGUUGGUUAAAAACUUUAUUUUCAAAUAGCAUUUGAUAGUUUUAUCAGUCAGUGAUCUACAUGAGGAAAACUAACUAAAUUAUAAUGUCACUAUGAGUGGGUGGAGAAGAGAUGGAAACCAUUUAAUGACUGUCCAAAUAUCACUUGCAAUCAAUGCAACAGAAUUGACUGGCAUCAUAUUGCACAAUACUUUUAUGUAUAUAGUGUAUCUAUGAACAUGGUGUUUUGCAAAGAAUAAAUAUGAGAGGCUGUUAUGUAAAGAGCUUGCGAUCUGAAAUAGAGAUAGUGAAACAACCCUUUUAAGGGUUGAAGACAGGGUACAUAUGGAAUAAUAUGUGAUUAUGUCCAUUACUUUUGCUUUGGCUUAGUUACAAAAAGAAAUUGGGUCUGGGAUAGUUUUCAGAUGCUUCCUGGAAAAGGUGAGUUUUGUGGAGGAACUUGAAGGGAGGUGGUCAAAUGAAGACCAGCCGAGAGGCAUGUGAUGUUGUCUAGAAUUAUAAAAUGAAUACUGUUCUCAUCCUAACUAAAUUAAUGCAAGUUUUAUUCAGGUCCAUUAAUAAUUUUUGUAGGUUUAGCACAAAUAUGUGUAACAAAUAUAAAAAUACUUAUUUUGACAAUAUUUCUGUGCUGUUUCCAACAGAAUAGACAAUCAAACACCAUCAAGCUCUGUAGUACAGAACUCAUUCCCUAUACAUGCAGUUAAUGGAGACAGUGGAGACAGCACACCAUCUCCUCCUCAUAUUGCAAGCAGACCCAAAAAUACACCAGCACCAAAACCACUUACAAGCCAGUCUGAUGACGUUGGUAAGAAUACAGCCUAUUCGACUACUUGAUUAUUAUCUUUUUUCAGGGAACUCCGUAUUAAUUAUAGGAAGUAGUGUGCUAGCUAGUCUGGACUAUGGCAGCAUUUUCAUGUAUGAAGUCAGAUGUGGUGCAGGUAAAAACUUCACUAAAAAUAAUAAUUAGUCUUAUAGUGCGCUCCCAACUGUUCUUUGGCAUGCCAGGACUUGCUUUCGGCACCUUUCAGAUUUUGCAUCAAAUGCUUGCACUUGUGAUUGGUUCCACUCAUGAGCUCCCAGCCAGAGUAAAUCUGUGCUGAAAGUGGGGUUUGUAGUUUCUGCAGAUCAGUGGAUUUGCACUGACUACGAGCAUCUUUCAGCAGGGAACUUCAUUUUCAGUUUUCAGCAAACAAACAAACAAACAAACAAACAAACAAAUAAAUAAAUAUCAGCACCCUUUAGAGUGCACUCCUGAGUCUUUCCUUUGAAUUUGGGUCGCCUAACAUCAUGACAUCAGUGGACUAUGGUGGUUAAGGGAGCUAAGGAUCUGUACUGCUACCUCUAACUUACAUGUAUGUGGUGUUCCAUUUCCCCCCUUCGUGCUGCUUCAAAUACUGUUCUGAAGAAUCUCCUGGCCAUUUGAAGCAGCUUUUGGGGAGGAAGAGCUGUUGUGGAAUGUGUGCUGAAAGUGAAAGAAUGAUGUUUGAUUUAUUUCUUUACCUACUUUAAGUUAUUAAUCAUAAGCAAUCUGUUUCUAAGAGAGAGAAAAUUAUAAAACAAGGCUGUUUGUGAUCUCCAGCGUUGCCUAUCAGUUGACAGAAGGAAAUUGGUCAGUGGAAUGUUCAGGGAGGCAAUUUUGAUUGUCCCCCUGCAUCACCCCGCCCCCCAAAAACCCCUAAGCUGCUUUGGAGGGUCCCUCAAGUUUAUGAAACAGAUGUAGAGGGUGCACAGUAUGUACAGGGAGGAAAAAGAUUUACAGUUGAAAGCUUCCCUUCUGUCAGUGUACAGACACUCCUGAAUACUACCCUGUUUAUUUAAAUUAAGACUUAAAUAACCAAGAAAGGCAAACUUAAACUGCUUGCUUGGUACAAACAUUCAGAUCAAAACAAUAAUAUUUGAAACAUCAUACAUAUGUUAUCUUUUUUUAAUGAAUAGAAAGAAACAGUUUUGCUUUUCUAAAUUCAGAGAAAGCAUUCAGCAGUGUAGAAUUGCCAUACUGCUUUGAAUCCUUUUGAAGGGUUGAACCCAGAAAAAGCCCACAGAGGGGCUGGCCGAAACUGGAUUGCCACCCGUCGUUUCCCUGGCAGUGCCCUGAGCUGUUGCUUGGGUGGCUAAAAAGAAAGUGGGAUGUGAUCUCCAAGAAAACAUGAUUCAUUAUUAGAAAUAGUCAUCUUUUGCAGUAGAUAAUUAAACAUCUUCUUUGGCAAAGCGAUAGCAGACAAAAGUAUAUUAAUGGCAAUGCUAAAUUUCUUGUUUAAACCUUUACCUAGCAAGUGGUUUCUAAAAAAGGCUCAAUAACUUUGAGGGCAGGGGUCAGGAAUUUUACUUUUUGAAAUAUGGGAACCCUAGUACAAGCUGAAAAUAAAAUAAAAGGUCUUUCCAUCUCAAUUUUAAAAAAUGUAUGACCAUGUUAAUUGUACUAUCAACUGAAUUAAAAAUCAGUAGUUACCAGUGAUUUCAUCUAAAGAAGUGCCUAUUGGCUAUUAGUAUUAGUAUUACUUCAUUACUAUGGGACACAGGUGGUGCUGUGGUUUAAACCGCUGGCAGAUCAUAAGGUCAGCAGUUCAAAUCCUCGUGAUGGGGUGAGCUCCCAUUGCUUUGUCCCAGCUCCUGCCAACCUAGCAGUUCAAAAGUAUAGCAGUGUGAGUAGAUAGAUAGGUACUGCUGCUGUGGGAAGGUAAACAGCAUUUCCGUGCGCCAGAGCGGUUUAGUCAUGCUGACAACAUGACCCGGAAAGCCGUCCACAGACAAACGCCAGCUCCCUCAGCCUGAAAAUGGAGAUGAGUGCCACACCCCAUAGUCAAAUUUGACUGGACUUAACCAUCCAGGGGCCUUUACCUUUACCUACUACUGGAACUGCAAUCUUGUGUAUUCUUAGGUGCAAUUCCCUUGCCCCUCCCGUUCUCAUAAUACUAGAACUUGGAACUAUAAAUGGAGUAGAAUGUUGGAAGAAUCAGGACAAAGGGAAGUACUUAUUCACACAGCACAUAGCUAAACUGUAGAAUUUGCUCUCAUGAGAGGUAGUGAAGGCCAGCAGUUUGGAUAGCUUUAAAAGAGGAUUAAACAAAUUCAUGGUGGUUAUGGUCUGCCUCUACUAUUGAAGGCAAUAUGCCUCUGACUAUCAGUUGCUGGGAACUGCAGGUGGGAAGCAUACGGUUGUGCUCAGGUUCUGCUUGCACACUUCCCAUGGGUAUCUGGUUGGCUACUUGAGAUCAGGGUGCAGCAGGCUCUUCUUAUUUUCGUAUGUAAAGAAUAGCAGUGGCUGCCAAUUUGCUACCACACUACGUGCAUGUUGAAACUGAUGCAUAAAGCCAUAUACAGCAUGGAACAAGAAUACUCCCAUCUCAUCCCUUAUACCACAUUGACCACUAUGCUUUGCAGGAGAGGGCAUCCUGCUUAUACUAUCUUGUCAGGCGGUCCAUUUGGAACCUCCCAUUAUAUAUCAGACAGGUGCUGUCUAUAGUGGGGUUUUUGUCACAUGUUAAAGUCUUUUCUCUUUUAACAAGCCAUUUAAUUGGAAACUUUUAUCCCAGUUGAGGAUAUUGGAAAUAGUUUUAGCAUAUGUAAUUAUUUUAUAUAUGUUUUUAUUGUAUUGUGGAAAUGCUUUGAGAUACAGUUGUACCUUGGUUCUCAAACAGAAUCCGUUCUGGAAGUCCGUUCGACUUUUUAAAACCAAGGCACGGCGUCUGAUGGGCUGCAGGAGCUUCCUGCACUCAAUCGGAAGCUGUGGAAGUCGCAUUGGACAUUCGGCUUCCCCAAAAGGUUUGCAAACCAGAACACUCACUUCUGGGGUUGCGGCGUUUGCGAGCCAAAACGUUUGAGUCACAAGGCGUUUGAAAACCAAGGUGCAACUGUAGUUAAUAGGAAACAAUUCAUAAACGAACAAACUAAAUUAUAGGCUUCUACUACUUAGUUUCGAGUGAAGUAAAAACACUGUUUGUGGAGCCUGAGGAGGAAAGAAGAAUCUGACUAAUACAUUUAUGGGUCUCAUCUUUUUUACACCAGGCAUCUAAAUGUUGCCUUUUUAUUUUUAUAAUAUUUUUAUUGUUUUAUUAUGACAUCAAUUUUCCUUUAUCUUUUAAAAUUCAGGAUGUAACUUUAUGUUGUCAAUACAAUAUCUUCUCUUUUUCUGCAUCCCAGUUAAUUGUGAGUCAACUAUGAUGGAGACUGAUAAUCAUUCUGCCUCUGAAACUCUUAUGGAUUCUGGUGAGGCAUCUUCUACAUCUGUAGACUGUACUCCAGCUACUGUAGAACCUUCUUUAGCAACAGAAGUUACUAGCAACUCUGAAAGCAACACAUCUACAACUGCUCCCAGUGUAUCUGCUGGGCUUGAUGCUGUUGCUCCCACAGAUACUGCAUCUUCUAGUACAAGAAGUAAUGUAACUACAGAAGCAGCGAAACCAAGAGACUCUUCAACUGUGUCUGGGGAAACUGUAAGGCAGCAGCCUGGUAGCAACAGCAUAGAACCUUUGCCCCCAGGGUAUGUGGGUUUUGUUCUCAUUAAUAAUAUAAUAAUGCUUAGACCAGAAAAGUUAUCCUUAGAUGUAGAAAUGUUAUUAAUUCCCUUAGUUGUCUAUUGGACAGGUUCAGGUAACAAAGAGUCUGGUGAACCCUUAAAGACUAACCAAUUUAUUAUGGCAUAAAUUUUAAUGGAUUGCUGUCCAUUUCAUCAUAUUACAUCAUGAACACUGAAGUCAGAGGAAAAUGAAAUUUAGAAAGUACAGAUAGCGUAUUAGAUAUGUAACCAAGAGCAGUAAUUCACAAAACAAUUGUUGAUAAUACAGACAUCCUGGUAUUCAUAAGCCACUUGAAACAUGUAGUGUUAUUAAAAUCCAUCAUCCCAGUUCAAUCCACAAGUGACUGCAUUGAUCCUUUUGAUGUAUUGUAAGUCAGUAUUUUUAUGUUUUAAGUUCCUUUGUUCAAAUAUUGCUACUUUAAGGUUAUUUACCAGGAUGGUUAAAGAGUUGUCUCACUAGUUUUUAACUAGUUUUUAAGAUUUAUGCUCAUUUAUUGUUUUGUAUAGGGUCUAGCAUGUUUUUCCUUUGUAGAAUGCAGAAGAGCAUUGCUGACAAAUGAUGACACAUAUCAGGUUGGAAGAUGAACAGGAGAAUGAAUGUUCUAGAUAACAUUAUUCAGUCUUGAAAUAAUGUUGCAGAGCAGACAUAUGGACAGAGUUGGCAUCUGAGUCUGAUACAUAGUGGUCCUCGUUUUCCUGUUUCUUACUGAAUUGGAUGUAGAUUAAGUUAGUUUAUCUUAAUUCCCAUUAAAAUCAAUGUGUCUUAAGUCAUGUCUAACUUGACCUAAGUUCAGCCAAUUUUGUCUGGAUCUAACCUGUUGUAUAUAAAAAGCAUGACCAAAAGAUGGUCAGUGCUUGCAGAUGAGUAGAGCAGUGAUUGGGAACUGAUUUUCGCCAGUGGGCUGCAUCCUUAAAACCCCUGCCACUUGUGGGCUGCCACUUGUGGGCUGACUUUGACAAUUGUGCACAACCACCCACCUGCUAGCCACCUAAAGUCAUAAUGACACCAGGUGAUUGACAGCUGUCAAAGCUCAAAAGAGGCCACUAGCCUCCAGUCAGCUGACUAGUGGUCACAGCAACCUCCUUUGAAGGUGGACUGUUUGGCAGUGGAAAACACAGUGGCCUCCUGAAACUGAUUCAUGAUUCAUGGUUACAGCAAGCCCAUUUGAAAGCCACUUAAACAAAGAAAUUUGGAUCCAGUCCUCCAAACUGACUUCAAAAGGCCUUGAUGCAGAUGAAAAAUGCUCUUUUUGGAGAAAAUGGUUUGAAUUGAAGCUGCUUCCUGAAAAUGAAGAAAGUGAGCCCCCUUAACUGCAUUGGAGCGUUCCUGAAAGGAAAGAUUCAUUAAGUGAAUCUUUCAGAAAGUGACAACACUAUUUUCUGUUAAUGGUGUUUUACCUCUUUUGUAUUUUUAUAGAUGGGAACAGAGAAAGGAUCCUCAUGGUAGAACAUAUUACGUUGAUCACAACACAAGAACAACAACCUGGGAAAGACCGCAGCCUUUGCCACCAGGGUAAUAGAUAAGUUGUAUGUUGACUUGCUGUGUGUCAUUUUACUUACUAAAUACACAAAUUGAAAUAUUUUUUAGAGGAUUGUGUUAGUUAUGGAAUUUUCUGUGCAAUUCCUUAAUGCUUGUACAGUGGUACCUCUGGUUGCGAAUGGGAUCCGUUCCGGAGUCCCAUUCGCAACAUGAGCAGAAUGCAACCCGCAUCUGCGCGUGCUCAGGUCGUGAUUUGCCGCGUCUGCACAUGUGUGUGACGUCAUUUUGUGUGUCUGCGCAUGCGCGAGCGGCGAAACCCAGAAGUAACCCUUUCCGGUGCUUCCGGGUCGCCGCGGGACGCAACCUGAAAAAAAGUAUCAUGAAGCAAAUGCAACACGAGUUAUGACUGUAUUUAAUAAUUUUCCUUAGAAACAGAGAUGCAAAAAAAUUGCUCACGCAUGUAUCUUUAUUUUUUAAAGACCCAUAAAUGUGGCUCCUAAGGUACAUUAACUCAAAGACAUUCACAGAAGACAAGUUCCCCUUUCUUGUUCUUUCUCCCUUGGUCAUCCGUGCCCUCUGGAGGGUGAGGGACCCUCCUAAACAAUUGGAUGUGAUGUAGGGCCUGCUGAUACAGGGGUGGGGAAGUCACCCAAAAUUAGAUGGAGGUCUACAGAAGGAAGAGGUGAUGGGAGUUGUUUGGACAUUAUUAAUGUAAUACUUUAGGAUCCAAGCUAUAGUAAAUGAAUUUUUCUGUAGUUUUCUUUGCAUGUUGGUACUGUAAUACUACUGUCCUCUAAAAACUUUGGUAUGCAAGUAACUAAAUUUUGUCAUCUGCUGGUAGUGCUAUCAGGAAGCUGGAGGAAAAUGCUGAAAUGGCAGGGCAUACCUUGCUUUUUAUCUAUUUGUGCUGUUCAUUUUUUUAUAGAAAAGUUCAGAUUGUUCUGAAUUAGGCCAUACUGCUGGAUCUCUGUAUUCUAAUUAGUUACGUUUUUUUGGGAUGACUUUCAGCGAGUCUCACCAGCAGCUUGCUCCUAAGUGGAGGGAUGAGUAGCCUCUAUCCAAAGCUUCAAAUGGCUCUCAUUUAGAACCCAUGUAACUAUUGAUAUUAUAGCUCUAUCAGCGUGUUUCGUGCUUUACAAAAUAGAGGAUAAAUCCAUGCUCCAAGGAGCAUACAAUCUACAAUUUGCUAAGGAGGUUGGGAUAAAUAAGAAGAAUAUGCAUUUCAAUUACAUGUUUUUACGCUUACAAAUGGGGUGUCUGGCCUUAGUUUUCAAAUGCUUUGAUUACAAGAUUGAGAACUGUCUUUGCAGCAGAUUUCUCACUUAGAAUUCUGUCAUAGACCUUUAUUUUGGGAUUUUUUCUUUGCUUGUAAAGCAAAUUUAGUUUGUGCUUAUUUUGCAUUCUAAUUCCUUCCUUUCUUGAGAGAAGAAAAUUGCAUAUUUUUCCUGCGUGCAUGUUUCAGAACUUGCACUGAUACCAGAAGAAGCAAAAUUCAGUUGUGUUGCUACUGCAGGAGACAGUACAACUAAGAUUUAGCAGGCACUAUUCUGUCACUUAAACUGUUUCAAAAAAUGACUUUGUGCUACUUAACACUGGCAGAAACUCAGAGGCAGGUAUUUAAGUCUGUGUUUGUUUUCUGAUCCCACACUUUAUUUUAUAAUAUUGUAAUUAGAAAGAACAUUUGAAAGGCUUAGAUUUAUAAGGCAAAAUAAUGAAGAAAAUGUAGUAAAUUGUUUUUGCAUUUUGACUGGAAAGAAAAUAGCUUCCAAUGUUUCUUAGGUGGGAAAGAAGGGUGGAUGAUCGUGGCAGAGUUUAUUAUGUGGACCAUAAUACAAGAACAACAACAUGGCAACGACCUACGAUGGAAUCUGUCAGAAACUUUGAACAAUGGCAGUCCCAACGAAAUCAACUGCAGGGAGCUAUGCAACAGUUUAACCAACGAUACCUCUAUUCGGUAAAUUUACAAAGUUAUGAAACAUUUUGAGUUCUUGUUUUUCUCUUUGCCUUCCAUUAGAUGUUUGAUACAUGUUAUAUGUAGUUACAUACUGAGACCAUGUUAUAUAUCAUGGCUGGGUUCAGAUGUAUUGCAAAGCUAUGGUUUCUUGAUUGGCUUGUUUGGACAUUUGUCCAUAGCUUCGUAAACCAUUGAGUUCUGACUUACUAUGUCCAUUUGUUUAUAAUUGUUAUUCCAGAUUCCCCUGGUUUAGGUAUAAUGAACAACUAUGGCUUAAUGCUGGGGAACUCUGCACCAAAGCUGGUGUUCAAGGGGAAGGGGAAGAUGAAGAAGCAGUGCACAUGAUUCUUAUAAUAAACCAUGCAGCCGUUGUCUUUCACUGAGUGGCCAUGGACCAAAGUUUGUUUGGGGCUUGGCAAACCUGGAUCUGAAACCACAGUUUGAAACCGAUUUUGUGGCUGAAGUUUUCAGUAACGCUGGUUUGCUGGUAUGUCUGAAUUCAAAGGAGGAAUUCCUAGGUGCAGGGUUUCCUGAAGACUUACAGUGCCUCAUUGUUAAGGCUUAGCUUUCAAGCUAGAGCUUUGAAACUUGUGUUGUUGUUUUUUCAUUUGUGUCUUCAGAAGUAGCAAACUGGUUGGAUCUAGUCAUAAGUUAGUUUCACAUAGAUUGUACUGAAAUUAAUGUGAGAAGUCAGCUUCAUUUAUUUGAACAUGAACAAAGUGCAACUAAACUUAGUCUUGUCCCAUUCCUUUUGCAAGCUGAUUAUGUUAUGAAUCUAUCUGAAGAAGAUUAAUAACCAAUAAUAGAACCGUAGCCAGUGUGCCAACUUUUCACUGACGUUCACAGUGCAGAAUCUCUGUGGAGAUCACUGUGCUUUAUGGACAAUUCUGAACUGUUUUUAUUUAAAUCUAAAUUUCACGAGACAACUCUGUUGCUUAGAUUGUAUUGAUAUUCCAAAUUAUUUAAACUAGGUGUAUACCUGUCUGAGAUGCAUUCCUUCCCCAUGUGCAGAUAACCAUGUGGGUUUAGAAGAGCGGAGGGUGAUAGAUCAUACAGUCUUGAGUAUAUAUAUUGUUCUAUGGUGGGUACCCACAACAUUUCACAAAAAGUGGAAAAGCCAACUGAUCACCUCUUGUUCAAAUGCAGUCCAGAUUUAGUCUACUUGUGUUGGCCUCAAACAUGGGGAGUGUUUUACCUAGUUAGAAGCAAAGUUAUCAACAGGCCACCUGGAAUAAAAAAGAGAUGAAUUACAUUAGACAAGGAGAUGAUGCCUUCUUUCUAUAUCAGCUUCUCUGUGAAGAAAGCUUGCAAAGUGAAUAGUGCUACCUGUCACACAGCACAUGUUCAGCCUGUCUGUUGUGGAGAAAGAAAGAAAGAAAGCCACCUGGAAAUCUGAAGCUGGAAAUGGUAGGAUAGAAAGGAUGUAAAAUUUUUUAAAAUCAUUUAAAUUUAGUUGUGAAGAGAAGCUUGUUAAAUAUAGAAAUAGUGCUUUUUAUAGACAUUUUUAAUUUAUUUUUUUAAAAAAUUAUUGUAUAUUUUGUCUUGUGUCUUCAACCAGGCUUCAAUGCUGACUGCGGAAAAUGAUCCACUUGGUCCCUUACCACCAGGCUGGGGUAAGAAAUGUAAAUAGCUUUGUGAAAUAGACACCUAUUUAUAGUUAACUUUGCUUUAAAUGGUUCAUUUCUAUUACAGAAAGGAGAGUUGAUUCAAAUGAUAGAGUGUAUUUUGUAAAUCACAACACAAAGACAACACAGUGGGAAGAUCCACGGACUCAAGGGUAUGUUCAUGUGUGUUUUCUAUUCAUAAACCGAGGCUAAAGUAGGUGUACGGUGAUUGGGGUUUUAAAGAAAUAUAUUACGUUUAUAUUUUCAGCUUACAAAAUGAAGACCCCCUCCCUGAGGGCUGGGAAAUCAGAUACACCAGAGAAGGUGUAAGAUACUUUGUUGAUCAUAAUACACGAACAACUACCUUCAGUGAUCCUCGUACUGGUAAAUCCUCUGUGUAAGUGAGAUGUUGAUGGAGAUUUUAAAAUAUUUGCAUUCAUAGUACAUAGGAAUAAUAGUUUUACUGCUUAGGUAGUAGGCAGUGGAUAUCUUAUGAAUUUUGGUGGUGGCUAAUUGAUUCAAUAUGUACACGGGUUGUUUAAGGUGUACAUGAGUUACACCUUAUGAGAUGUGACUUUUUAAGCAUUAGAUGAUAUUUUAAAACUGACCUUGAAGCAUGAAGCGUGUAUGCUGCAACCUUUUCACUAUAUCUGAAGGAAAUCUACAAAACUGCUGAGGAGUUGAAAGUGCUGUAAAAUCUUAAUUUUCUGCUUAGUAAAUUUAGCUAUAUUUCCUUACAGAAAUAAAGGACCACAAAUUGCUUAUGAACGCAGCUUUAGGUGGAAGCUAGCUCAUUUCCGCUACUUGUGUCAGGUAAUGCUGAUCAAAUGAUAGUGUAAACUUCAAUUUGCAUUUUGUAUUUUUUAAAUUUGCAUAUUUUAUUUCAUGAUUUACUGUCUGUUUGUAGUCAAAUGCUCUUCCAAGCCACGUGAAGAUCAAUGUAUCCAGACAAACAUUGUUUGAAGAUUCCUUCCAACAGGUAAGACAAUGUUUACAUUAUCAAACCUGGUAACUAAAGUAAAAACUGUAUAGUGAAUUUGCUUCAUCUUAACAUUGUUAUAUGCCAAAGGAAAUUUCAUAUUUUAAAACUCCAUUAAAGCUGUAAAAUAUUAGAAAGCUUUUAACUUUUGAUAAUUUGAAUAGCUAGAUUCUGUCCUAACAAAUCUUCACUUACCUAGUGUCUAGUAGGAAAUAAUUUGUGUAAUUAUUCUGUAUAGGACUGAGUCAACAUGUGGGAGGGCUUUUCAUUUCAAGGAAAAGAUGUUCUGGGGCUACGUAAACUGAGGGAAAAUAUUUGCCUGUCUGUCAUGUGGAGGUGGGAGGAAGGAACGAUUUCCACAUUGUCUAGGCACCGUUAUAUUUUGAGAAAACUGAGCAUUACUCAGUUACCUGAAAGGGAUAAAAACAAACCCAUCUUCAUAACCAAGUGUGUGGAGCAUUACCCAGUUACCUUGGUAAUAUAGAUGUUUCCUCCCACUUCACAAACGCAGUGCUGCCCCAUUUUCCUUCAGAGAUGAUGCUAUAUAGCCAUCAUUGACUAAUUCACCAUUUCAUGGAUUGCAUGAUCCAUAACUGGCUGGGAGCAUGUACAGUGGUACCUCGAGUUACAAACACCUCAGGUUACAAACGCUUCAGGUUACAAACUCCGCUAACCUGGAAGAGUUACCUCGAGUUGAGAACUUUGUCCCAGGAUGAGAACAGAAAUCGUGUGCUGGCGGUGCAGCGGCAGCAAGAGGCCCCAUUAGCGAAAGCACGCCUCUAGUUAAGAAAAGUUUCAGGUUAAGAAUGGACCUCUGGAGCGGAUUAAGUUCGUAACUAGAGGUACCACUGUAGUAAGAGAGAAGAAAGUGACAUCUGAAAAACUGUAGAGAGGGAACAAAGUAUCUGCAAAUUAAAAGAGGCAGAAAAAAGAUACGUUGGGAGAGUUAAACACCCCUUAAAUUUUUAAUGGAUAAAUUUGUUUAAUUCUAUAUAAAACCACACCAAAUUGUAUCAAAAUUCAUGUGUAAUAUAUUCUAUGAAGUUGUUUACUAUUUUGUCUUGUAUUGUUCAACAUUACUUUCAUUUGCAUUCACCAAUUUGUAUGCAGAUAAUGGCUUUAAAACCCUAUGACUUGCGAAGACGAUUGUACGUUAUAUUCAGAGGAGAAGAAGGAUUGGAUUAUGGUGGCUUAGCUAGGUAAAUUAUUAAGAAUUUCUCUUGGAUUUUUUCUUGUAUGUAUUUACUGGCUAGGAGCAUGCACCUUGCUCCAUAACUUUAUGGAGUAUCUGGAGAAAAAAAGAGAGGUGGGUUAUUGAAGUUGCCUGCAUGAUACAAAACUAAACUAGAGAUUGUGCUGGUAAGAGACUGCUUUAACAGUUUUCUUAUGAGAAUAUCCUUGCUUAUCGAGGUUUUAAGUGUGGUCUGGAAAAAAAUCAUAGGGGAAACUGGAGAGGCUUGACAUUUAAAAUGUAAUGAACAUGCUGGGAGCAAACGAUUGGGGAAGUUGAGAUGGUUCAGCAUUCCUUUUUCUGUGACCAAAAGAACUUGGAGCUUUCCCCAGGCAAGUCUCUCCUCUCAUAAUCUUUGGCAGCAAAGGGGCUUUCUAGGUUUAGGAUGAGGAGGCUGAGAGGAAAUACACUGAGUUCAAGUCUCCUUUUUGAAAUCUUCUCAGUGGCAAAUGUUUUCUUGAAGCCCAGUCCUCAGCAGUGAAGGAAAACUGCAUGCAUACUAGGUUUAUUCAGAGCAGUUUUAUGGAAUAGCCAGGGGCUUUUCCUCUGCAAAGGUAGGAGAUAUAUACCAUGGGAAAAGACUCUUAACUGGGCAAUUGGGCAGCUUCCGAGACUUUCAGCAUAUAUAUAUAUAUAUAUAUAUAUAUAUAUAUAUAUAUAUAUAUGGAAGUUGGAGCUUGCAAGUAGAUUGUAUCUGUGCACUAUACCCUAAAUUGUGAUUAAUCUUAACUUUGGUAGAUAAGAUUCAUAAAUUAUGGCUUGAAGUUGGAUUGUUUUAGUUAACUGUGACUGCCAUUAGUAUGAAGCAGCAGCAGUCACUUCCAUGCUUCUCCCAGCUGUGCUGAUAGGAAGAGUGUGAGAGUCCAAGGCUCAUUUGGGCCCAUUCCAAUGACAAUAAGCCAUGUUUUAUUGUUGUGUCCAAAUGAGGUCUGUGCAUUUUCUGUGUGCAAAGGGGAAUGGGGAAAUUGAUUUUAAUUGAAUGUAUGAGACAGAAGAGAGGGACACGGGUGGCGCUGUGGGUUAAACCACAGAGCCUAGGACUUGCUGAUCAGAAGGUUGACGGUUCGAAUCCCCGUGACGGGGUAAGCUCCCGUUGCUCAGUCCCUGCUCCUGCCAACCUAGCAGUUCAAAAGCACUUCAAAGUGCAAGUAGAUAAAUAGGUACUGCUCUGGUGGGAAGGUAAACGGCGUUUCUGUGCGCUGCUCUAGUUUCACCAGAAGUGGCUUAGUCAUACUGGCCACAUGACCCGGAAGCUGUACGCCGGCUCCCUCGGCCAAUAAAGCGAGAUGAGCGCCACAACCCCAGAGUCGGUCACGACUGGACUUAAUGGUCAGGGGUCACUUUACCUAUGAGACAAAAAGUUGUUGAACUCAGAAAUAUAUAAAAAAUCAGAAUUGGGAAAUUCUGACAACAGCCAGUGGAUGAUAACUCCAGAUUAUAAAGACUUCCUAGAAAAAAGGAUAAAAACUGUUAUUGGGUGAUUUGCCAUUUUCUAUAUGUUAGUAACUUGGGGGAUCAGAUUAAGGUUGCAAAUAUUGAAAUGUUGGGCCACAUGACUUCAGGGCUUUUCGCUUGUGUGUAUUAUAUAAUACUGCCAAAUCAAAUAUUCAUGUAAUACUAGACAGUUGAAUGCCAGGUUGGGAAAGAAAUGUAAGAAGUACUUUGAAAGCUCUUCCUGCAGGCUUGCACCCAGCAAUGGGAAACCACUUUUUUUUAGUUUAAAGCCAUAUUGUCUGUUCAGCUGGGUGAUUGCCUGCAGUAAAUUGUUUCAAAGCAUUCUUCAUUACCUUUGACAUAAGGCUGUAUCUUAUAUAUUUAAUGUCAAUUUUUAUGAAUGCUUGGAGACACCAGUGUUAGAUUUUUGUGUUUUAUUUAUUGUAAAUUUUUGUAGAGAAUGGUUCUUCUUGCUUUCCCAUGAAGUGCUGAACCCUAUGUACUGUCUAUUUGAAUAUGCUGGAAAAAGCAACUACUGCCUACAGAUAAAUCCAGCAUCAACAAUAAAUCCAGAUCAUCUUUCAUAUUUCUGUUUCAUUGGACGGUUUAUUGCCAUGGUGAGUUUGAUCAUUUUUUGUUUCAAACUGUAUGUUUUUCUUUCUGGAGUGUUUCGUAUUUGAGUACACAUGGCUGUCUGUCAUACUUGGAUUUCAUUCACCAGCAAUUCAAUCAAGUAUUUUGCUGAAUGGUUAUAACAAGCAUGUGAAGAAGAGAUUGGUACAUUUUCUAUCAUUGUCCUAGACUCUAGGACCCAGAGGUUGAGUUCAUUUGUUUUUUAAAAUAUGUUUUGCUUAUUUCAAAAAAUGUAUAUACCUCUUGAUUGUAAAAAAAUCUCAGUUGUUUACAAAAAUAAAAAAAUAAAAAUACUACCACUAAAAAUAAUUAACAACAGUUUAAAACGUUCAGAAAAUUAAAAUCAGCAAUAAACUAAAAGCAUAAUUAAAACACACAUGAACAUUCUAGGUAUCAGGGUAGACAUUUCUAAACAAAAAUGUUUUUAGCACCAAAAAAAGCACAGUGAAGGUGCCUGCCUGAUAUCAACAGGCAGGGAGCUACAAAGUGUUGGUGCUGCCACACUAAAAUACUGAUUUCUUACAAAUGUGGAAUGGGUAUUAAAUGGCAUGUGUAACAGUAGUUUCGCAGGUUGAAGCAGUCAAGUAAGCGUUUAUGGGGUAAGGAGAUCUCACAGCAAACUGGUUCCAGACCUUUGGAACAAAGGCUUUUUAGAGAAGUUAAAGAACCACAUACCUUGCUCUGGGCAUGAUUCAUUAUAAUUUAAUAUUGAUAAAGACCCAGCAUUAUACUAGAUACAGUGGUGCAUUUGAAUUUAAAAGGUACUCGCCAAAGUGAGUGAAGGGAUAAUGGAAUGACAAAGGAGAUUCAGUGAAAGUGAAAAGCAGUGUAUAUUGUAUUUUUUGGGGCAGAAGAGACCAAAUAUAUUUACUGAGUCUUCUAAAUUAAAUUCUAAAUUAAUUGUAAUUACCUAGCAAUGAAAUAUUGGGGUCAGAAUUGACAAUUUGCUGAAAAUAUCAGCCCAGUAUGCCACAUCAGCAAAACAGGAAUUCAUAGUGCAUUCCUAUUCCUGUCUUCUCAGAUAAGUGUAUGUAGGUUUUGCAGCUUCAGUAUAAGGAGGUUCAGUCAUACCUUGGUUGACGUACGCCUUGCGAUUCGAACGUUUUGGCUCCCGAACACCGCAAACCUGGAAGUGAGCGUUCUAGUUUGCGAACGUUCUUUGGAACCCAAACGCCCGAUGCGGCUUCCGAUUGGCUGCAGGAGCUUCCUGCAGCCAAUUGGAAGCUGUGCCUUGGUUUCUGAACGUUUUCGAAGUCAAGGUACCACCGUAUAAGGGAAAGGCUGAAAAUAAAAGAGCAAGUAUGUUGCAGUUGCGCAGCUGUGUAUUGCCCCCAUAUUAACAAAACUACUUUGAGUGCCCGAUGUCAGAGUCACUCACAAUUAACAUGUGUUUAACUUAAGCAAUCUCAAAUUUAUGCAUUUGGAAGACUGGCCAGUUGAAAUCACACAAAUUAAAUGCAUGGAAGGCGGAGAGCUUAAAAGCUCUUUUUGUGCAGGGUUUUCCUGGCAUGGAAAUAACUUUUAAACUCUCCGCCUUGCUUACCAGGCUCUGGGAGGCUCUCAUGAGAUCUCAGAUGGGUCCAGCAGAGCCUAGUAAGCAAGUCUGAAAGCUUAAAAGCUCUCUGCCUUCUUGUUGCAAGAAGUUGUUUUGACUAUACACGAUUUCAGCUUUACUUGCUAUCCCUAGAACGUAACUCCCACAUAAGAUGCAAGUGAUCUGUACAGAAAAUGGAUAUAAAGGAACCAGAGGUAUUGAACAAGUUCCUUAAAUGCUUAAGGAAUUGGACAUUUAGCUUAGGAACAUGGGGCAAAUCCCAUAGAGCAGGGGCGAAUAACCUGUGGCUUUACAAAAGUUGUUUAGCAUCUAUUGUCUUUGGCCAUGUGAGGGCUUAUGGGAAUUAUGAGUCCAACAAUAUCAAGAAGGCCACAGUUUCCCUACUCCUACUACAUUUUUACAUACCUAGGAAUAAUAUGCAAACUGAAAAAAAGCAAAUUCAUAAUUGCACUAUGGAAAUGAGAAAUCACACAAUACUGUAUAGAAAAUGUGUUUUGUAGCAUUCCUUUGUUCUAAUCUACUUAAAAGAUUUGACUAGGAAAGAAUCUUUGAUAAUUUCUCUGGAGCUUCUUGGGACAAUCUGAAGGCCCCCUGGUGGCAACAUGUUGAAUUUGCAUUAUGUAAUCUUUCUCUCUGCAUUUGGCAGCUAAUCACAUUUAUGUUCCUAUGCACAUUCUUAUAACAGAACUCUUUCAUUUUAAAAGUUAUCACCGUAUUUAUUUUUCAUCUCAUUCAUUCUCUUCAGGUUAGACACCUCAAUGUACUGUAUAUCCUUAAUUGGCCAAAUUUUAUACUGUACUGAGCAGUAGACUCAUCUAAAUAAUUCAUGUAAUGAGAAUCUGGCUGCAAGACUUUGAUGUGUUCUGCUAGUUUAGUCUGCAUUUGAAGGGAUAUUACUCUGAUAAUGAGAAUUAUGUUAUCUUCUGGUUUAUUGAUUUAGAGUGUUUAUUCCAUUGGUAUUAGUUCUCCCUAAGAUUACUAUUUUCUAUAAACAGUCACCACUUUUCAGAGUGAUGCACCUGAAGCUGAAAUACUGAAUUGUUGUUACUUAAAUCCUUAACAGGCAUUGUUUCAUGGCAAAUUCAUUGAUACUGGGUUUUCCCUGCCAUUCUACAAGCGCAUGUUAAAUAAGAAACUCACAAUAAAGGAUUUGGAAUCUAUUGAUACUGAAUUUUAUAAUUCCUUAAUUUGGAUAAGGUUUGUAAAUCUUUUCAGAAGUUCACUAUUUUUUCUGUCAUAUUAGUAAAGUGAUUAUAUUUCAUUUAUCUUUGGUUAAUUUUCCUCUUUAGGGACAACAACAUUGAAGAGUGCAACUUAGAAAUGUACUUCUGUGUUGACAUGGAGCUUCUAGGAAAAGUUACCUCGCAUGAGCUGAAAUUAGGAGGCUCAAACUUACUUGUAACCGAAGAGAACAAAGAAGAAUACAUUGGGUAUGGUGCAUAUAUAUAUAUAUAUUUAAAAGACUGUCAAACAUUUUUCUUGUAACUUUUCCAUCAAUAUCAAUGCAGAAAUUCACAUUCUGUCAGCAGGGGGAAGCUCUUCCCUCCACAACCUUCUGGGCACGGGGGUGGGACCUCUGCAGAGUUGGAAUACUCUGUCAAGCAGAAUGGGAUGAGGUGUGGGGCCCAGGAGAAAUUGCCCAAAGUUUGACAGCAAUAUAUCUGAGCAGAGCAAGUAUUGCUAUUUAAUAGGUGUGUGGAAGAUGGAACAUCAGCUAGUAUUAGUUUUUAAUUAGUAUUAGUACUUUCCUGAUUUUCAAAGUGAAAGAAAUGUGGGUGGAUAAACAAAUACAUGUUACUAUAAAAGUACACUAAAGAUUUCGGCAGAGUUUUUCAUAACUUUGUGCCAAGAAUAUACAUACAUACAUAUGUGUGUGCAUAAACACAUACCUGCAUGUAUACAUAAAUAAAUAAAUGUGUUUCAUUUGUGUGUGUGUGUGUAGAGAGAGGAGGGUAGAUCUUGUAUUAGAUAAGCUUGCUUUUGAGAUGGCUUAAUGUGCAUUUUCUCACAGAGCUUUCAUAGUGAGAGUCCAGCCCAUAAACUUUCAAUAAUACAUACAAAAAAAUUGGAUAAACAUCCAUCUAGGAGUAAAGUAUUGGUAAGAGGAUAUAUGAGACUGUUCUAGUUACAAUGUGAAAAUAAAUAAAUCUGGAGUUUCUGGAGCUUAUACAAAUGUGGAAUUAGUGUAGCAGAGUAUAAUGUUUGCAGCUUGUUUUUAAAUAAAGGAUUCCACUUUUAGAACUCUAAACUUCUGUUUCAGCCUAAUGGCAGAGUGGCGGUUUUCACGAGGAGUACAGGAACAAACCAAAGCUUUCCUUGAUGGGUUUAAUGAAGUUGUUCCCCUUCAGUGGCUGCAGUAUUUUGACGAAAAAGAGUUGGAGGUAAUUUUUAUUCAAAUUUAUUUAUUUAUUAACAAGAAAUUUGUGGUGCAGUGGUUUAACUGGGCAAAAAUCUUUGAUACUAACAUAAUAAGAGGAAAAAUAGUACAAGCAAAUGUUUAUGUCCGUGUUUGACUAAGGCACAAAUAAAUAGGCAGUCCUCAAAGGGCUGUGAACAUUAGAAAACUUUUAGCUUUCAUAUUCAGUAUGUUCACAUAAUUAAAGAAGAAACAUAAUUAAAACAAAAUAAUUAAAAAUAAUCUCAGAUGAGGAAAACAGAGAGAAAUAUAUAGAUUUAAUUACAGGUAUGUCAGGUAUUAGGGACGCAGGUGGCACUGUGAUCUAAACCACAGAGCCUAGGGCUUGCCGAUCAAAAGGUCGGUGGUUCGAAUCCCCUCGACAGGGUGAGCUCCCGUUGCUCGGUCCCUGCUCCUGCCAACCUAGCAGUUCGAAAGCACGUCAAAGUGCAAGUAGAUAAAUAGGUACCGCUCCGGCGGGAAGGAAAACGGCGUUUCCGUGUGCUGCUCUGGUUCGCCAGAAGUGGCUUAGUCAUGCUGGCCACAUGACCCGGAAGCUGUACGCCGGCUCCAUCGGCCAGUUAAGCGAGAUGAGCGCCGCAACCCCAGAGUCGUCCGCAACUGGACCCAAUGGUCAGGGGUACCUUUAGCUUUACCUUUAUAUCAGGUAUUGCUCUUUGAAAUGUACAUAUGGUUGUACAUUCUCUUGCAUUUUGUGACACCAGUACAUCUCAAAGCUGCUCCACUUUUCAGUAAGCAAGUUAUACAGUUUCUGCCUUCCUUCACUCAUAUAACGUCCCUUAUUGACCAUAUGGGCUGUCUCCCUGAUUCUUGCUAUGGAAUCUUCUAAUGUGGGAGUAGCAAACACACACACAGAGAGAGAGAGAGAGAGAGAGCGCAUAUUGCUGUGCAGCUAGCUCUUAACCAGUUCCUUAACAACUAAUAAGACCAAUUCUUUUAAUAUAUCCUUAAAAAUAUGAUGACUGUAUUUGUUAGUGAAUCAUAUUUUGUUGAAAGCUUCAUCUCACUUUUCCAGAAUCUUUAUUUGGGGCAAGACAAGAAAAUAUCAAGCAUGUCAGUAUCUGCUGUUGUGCUUCAGGAUCUUAAGCUGCUACAGUGCUAAAUCAUGUGGUCUUUUUACAGGUCAUGCUUUGUGGCAUGCAAGAAGUUGAUUUGGCAGACUGGCAAAGGAACACUGUUUAUCGUCAUUAUACAAGAAACAGCAAGCAAAUAAUGUGGUUCUGGCAGGUAUAAUAUAUUCUUGUUGAAAAAGUCAGCAGAUGUGAAAUUAUUACACAUUGGUACGGUUUUUAUUUUAGAAAUAAAGCCAAAGUUUCUUCCUGGGCUUCUGUGUAACUCCUGGAAAUUAAUACAGUGGUACCUUGGUUUGCAACUGCUUUGGAUUGCAACCAUUUUGGAUUAAAACCACGUCAAACCCGGAAGUGUGUGUCCCUUUUUUUGGAUUACAACCCAUUUUUGGGGGGAGGCCCCAUUGGUGAAAGUGCGCCUUGGGUUACAACCUGUUUUGGUUUACAACCGGACCUCCGGAAUGGAUUAUGGUUGUAAACCAAGGUACCACUAUAUAUGGGCUUAGCAUUACAGCCUGGCUUAAUCAGCUUUUAGCAUUUUCUGGAUCUAGGCAGUAGACGUGUCUGGCACACAGUUUUAACUCCCCAAGCCUUGGUUAUAUUCUAACACUUACUGGAUGCAGGAAUUUAGAGAGGUCCAGCCCCUGAACUCAUAACACUAAUUAUAUAAACACAUAUUUGAUGUAUUUAUUCUUAUUUGCUUUGGGGUGUUUCAUGGGAAGCAAUUCAGAAAUGAAAUGAAAUUAGGAAACCAGGUUUAAAAUGUAAUUCAAAUCUCAAACUAUGGGAGUUUGCUUGGUUUAGGAAAGUUUGGUAAGUGAAAUGUAAUUUUUAAUAGGAAUUACUUCUGAUAGUGGUACACAAGCACAUAGUUAGGUCUUAACCAAUUGACAUUUCAAAGUAAUAAAAUAAACUUUACAUUUCUCUUAGUUUAUAAAAGAAGCUGACAAUGAAGUUCGCAUGCGACUGAUGCAGUUUGUCACUGGUACUUGCCGAUUACCACUGGGCGGAUUUGCUGAGCUCAUGGGUAAGAAAACGUCGUAAUAUACUGCAAAGUAUGUGUAAUAUACAGUAACAUUCCCUGGUCCUUUUAACCUGCAUUUUCUCCCAAUUAUUGAAAUAUGGUAUCAUUAAUAUCUACCCUGCCGUUAACAAAAAUACCAUUUUAACCUUUAAUUUUAUUUUUUAUUACUCAGGAAGUAACGGUCCUCAGAAAUUCUGCAUUGAAAAAGUUGGCAAGGAAACCUGGCUACCAAGAAGUCACACAUGGUGAGUUGUUGUAACAGAGAGUUCUUUGUUAUCUUACGUUUUGUUCUAUAGUAUGCUUCUUUAACAUCAGCCAUUCUUCGCAGGGGUUUCUUACCUUUUGGGGCUCAGGGACACAUUGGGAAUUUUCAAAGUGCUGUGGGCACCAUCUCUUGCUUCUUUCCGCUAUUCUACAGAUCACACUCCCUACCCCAACAGACAGCAGUAAGCGAGUAUGCGCACAUUCUCUACUUUUCCAUAGGGUCUCAGUGAAAAUUGGACCCAGUAGAGUUAAAAAGAGUUGUCUUUCAUUUGCAUGAUUUUCACAUGCAAAAAACCUACCAUCAGACUGAAAUUUAUAUUGAGUAGAUUGCAUAAUAAAAAUCACAGAUUUAUUAUUAUUAUUAAUUAGAUUUUUAUACAGCCCUUUAUCAAAAGUUCUCAGGGCAGUUCACAAGAUAAAAGCACAAAUAAAUAAAUAGAUCCAAUGGUUAUCAGCACCAACGCACAGAUAACAAAGAUAAUAACAAAACUGCCAACAAAUGACAACAAAUAUUUAAAUAUUUGAGGAUAUUUGUAUCCUCUCUUAUGUUUCCCUUUUUGGCCAAGCACAGCCAAACAGAUGUUUCCAUCUCUUGUUCAUUUCUUACACUGCAAAACUCAAGGGCAAUAUCAGCCUAUGGACAAUCAAUCUGAAUCUGUAAACUUGACUAUGUAUUUUAAUCUAAGUAGACAUAUCAAAAAUGGUCUGCAAACUGGCUAUUUAUUUUCAGCUUAACAUGGGUAUUUAUGAAUCUUCAUGAGUUACUUAGUACUAAAGAGGUAAAAAUUACUUGCUUAUAAUCAAACAGCUGUGAUUGAUAUGGUCCUGUGAAAGAUGUUUUCAAAUGGGAUGUAGAGUCUGAUUCCCCCCCUCUUCUCUCCUAGUUUUAAUCGUUUGGAUUUACCGCCUUAUAAAAGCUAUGAACAGCUAAAAGAGAAGCUGCUUUUUGCAAUUGAAGAGACAGAAGGAUUUGGACAAGAAUAA